UUGCAUAUCCCUUUGUUUGCCGCUGAGUGUCCCCCCGGUGGAGCUCCAGUAUUUACACCAAUAUUUUCUGACACUAUUCGCCGCUUCUGUCUAGCACAGGCAACCAGACAGCGAGCCCACCCGUCCGCAGAACACCUUUUGAUUUGUUCUUCUGUCACGAGAUGGGUGUCGGUUCCAGCUGGGACUUCUUUUGUUCAUUUUGGAGCUGUUCCCUAUGAUGUUGACGACUGAUAUCCGUCCACCGUGUGCACUGCAGUGGUGCGCAGCUUCGCCUGGAGAAACACCUGUGCGCCUCUCCUCUCUCCACUUGCCACCACAACCAUGACUGUUGAGUAGAGCACAGAUAACCCUAAGGCUCGGUGUCUGUCUGCAUUUGUCUGAAAGAACCAGAGAGGGAGCCGCACAAAUACUGCACAGCCAGACAUCAUGCAAGGAGAAACCUUCCCCCGUCGCAGAGUGCUGAAAUGUUAGGACUGAAGAGCGAGUGUGUCAGAUCAAAUCAGCAGACUGUUUACAUUAGGGGGGGCAAUAAGAGCUGCUUGAUACUAGACUCCCUAACAUCCCCGGUGUGGUUUAAGGCCCCUUUCAGUCACAGUUGAGAAGAGGUGCAUUAACUGAUCCUUCAUCUGCACUCUGUUUGUCUGUCAGAUCCUGUAAUCCAGGAACAAGUCAAAAUGGAGUGGUCACUAGAGAGUGUGAGGGAGAUGGUGGCUGGAGGGAUACAGUCCAUAAGGGAGUGUGAGGUCUGUGCUUUUGCCAUAGCUAUGUGUGUGCUGCUGCUCUUUAUGUGGUAUUGUUACAGGGUGGGCCGCGAGCAUGGCUCCAGCCCUCUGCGUGGGAGGUAUUUGGCUGGACCCGGCCGCAUCGGAGGUGUGGUGGGGGGCUUCAUGAGUUCAGACUGUCGUGGCAGAGGGAAAGGGAAGCACGGGUCAUUGUUGGAAGAGCAGAACGGCUUCGCUUUCUGCCAGUCAUCAGAAUGCUUCCGCUGCACCAGUGCCGGAGAGAGUCUGAACCAGAGGCUCUAUCACAGCCUGCAGGAUUACGCCAAGCGUUACACCUGGUCAGGUAUGGGCAGGUUGCACAAAGGAGUCCGUGACCAGGGCAGAUACCUAAACAGCCGGCCAACCAUCCAACGACCAGAGGUCUUCUUCCUCCCCGACCUGCCGUCGGCCCCUUUCUUCUCCAGAGAAGUACAGAGACAUGAUGUGGAGCUGCUUGAGCAGAGCUUCCCCGCUCUUCUGGCUGAGUUCGAGAGCAUAUACCACCAACCUCCAGCUCGCAGCGGCUCAUCCCUCCCGCCGGGGUGGAAAGCCAAUAGUACUCCUCGCGGGCAGUGGUGGACCUAUUACCUGGUCAACCAAGGCACCCCUCUGGUUCUUAAUGUCAGGAGAUGUCCGCGGGCCUGGAGAGUGCUGGGCCAGCUGCGCACCUUCAUCACCAACAACGUUUUCGGUAACGCCUGCUUCUCUGUGCUGACGCCCGGAGCUCUCAUCACGGAGCAUUACGGUCCAACAAAUGUCAGGCUGCGCUGCCACCUGGGUCUCAGAGUGCCUCCUUCCUGUGAGCUUGUAGUUGGUGGAGAGCCACAGUGCUGGUCUGAGGGCAGCUGUCUGCUUUUUGACGACUCCUUCCUCCAUAGGGCUUUCCAUGAGGGCAGUGCAGAGGACGGCCCCCGGGUGGUUUUCAUGGUGGACCUGUGGCACCCCAACGUGGCCGCGGCAGAGAGACAAGCGUUGGACUACAUUUUUACUCCAGGCCGUUUAGAGGAUAAGGAAGGAAAAUAGGUGUGAGUGAGAAACCAUGUCCGAAGCAAGAGAUAGGUGGCAUUUAUGGAAGGAAGUGUCUGUAGGUUUGGGGAGCAACUUUUUUUCUGCCUCUAGACCGGCUCUCACAUUCACUGUGUACAUAUUCUCCGGCGCAUACACUAUUGCUCAUAAGUCUUCUUAGCAGAUGACCAAACAUUGGGCCUCUUUUAUCAGUUGUGUUUGCCUGUACAUAUAGUUGAGUAAAAUGCCGGCAUACAUCAAAAAACAGAAACUUUACCUCCCACUGAAGGUACUUUUCAUUUUAUUUGUCACUGGUUUUUAUUCUAAAUAACUGAAUGUUUAUUUGCAAAUGAUGAAUGAUUGUGAUCGAACAGUAAAAAUGUUUCCCAGCGUUUGAUCUUCACAAAAACAUGAGAUUACAUCAUAUUAGAUACAGAUAGAUUUUAUCGUCAUUUUACGGUAAAAUCUGUCAGUGAAUGUCAUUUAAGUUAAUAUGUUAACAUACUUCCAUUUCCUUGUAACUUCUGGGACAAUUAUGGAGCAAAAAGUGUCUCUAAGACCUUAUAUGAGCUCAUUUUAGUUUUCUUGCUUAAGCGGUUAAACAGUUUUCUGAUCGAGAGCAACAAACUGCUCUAAAAAUAAUCACUGUGUUGCCGUUAUUCUUCACAGUGUGUGGGUCUGUACUCCAAAAUAUUCUAUUAGUUAUAAAUGAACUGAAGUAAUUUCAUAAGUGUUUAUGGGCCCCAGCUUCUUCCCUACAGAAAGGUACGCGGCGACAUGCAACACCUGCACACAUUUCCACAAGGGCUAAGAAAUUUGCAAUCACAACUUUUUAUAUCACUCAACACAUUCUGUCACGCUUGGAUUCAGACCGAGACAGGGCGUUUGCGUGCACACUUUCACAUAUAGGACAAACUGUAGACUGUUUACAUUUCUAUGAAUGACUGGACAAUCUCCUGCUGGCAGAAUGUUGACAUAUUGUCAGUGACUGUAAUUCCCAUUAUGAUUUAAAUCAAACCAAAGCAGAAUUAAUGACUAAGUAAAGGACUACUGACAGGCUACUGCGCAAGAGGUUCUGAUAAGCACAUCAAACCGAAAUGAACGGUUGGUACAGAAUGAUUAAAUAAACAUUUCAGUAUCCCUCUUUAAAUCAGAUUUUGACUAUAUUGCCAGUUGCCAUGCAGACAUCUCAACAAAUAUACUGCAGAUAACAUUUUGCGAACAUAUGUAUAUGGUAACUGAGGUCCAAUGUCGAUCAUGAUGUGGUUGUUUACAGACACGGCUAAUCUCUCUGUCAUGACUCCUGCCAGUGUGGUAGUUAAUUGUGCUCCCCUUUGAAAAUCAGCCCUGCUUUCACGAGACAUGGUUAGAUAAGCACACUUUUAGGUGAAAUCGUGUGAGUCGGCCUGUGCUGUGACUGGAAACGUUUUUGGUAAAUUUACUAAACUCUUGUAAUUUGGUUGCAUUUGAUAUCAGGUUUGUAUUUCUGUAAAUAUGGUGGAGGAAAAAGAAAAAGCUGAAUGGUCUGAGAUGUUUUGAAAUGAUUGUCUCCAAUGCUUUAACUAUUGUGUUGUCUUGAUUUUUAGCUAAAGUGAUUGCAUUUCAUUCUGGGUUUCAGAAAGCAAACUAUGACAUCUUUUUUGAUAGACUCAAUUCGUAUAUUCUGUAAAAUGUUUAUGAAGUACUAUCUCUGCUGUUCUGUGAUGUUUUUUUUUAAAAUUAUUAUUAUAAUUACUGUGAUUUUGCUGCAUCACAUGGCAUCCAUUAUUAAAGCCACAGUCCUUAUUUCACCCCAUGAAUAUGCGCGUGCAGUUGCACAGUAAAAGGCAGUGAAAAUGAAUCUUCAGCAGCUUAACUGGUCCAUGACAAUUCAAGAUACGCAUCUAUUCAGUUCUAAUGUUUACAGAGUUGAUCAUUAAAAGUUGUUUACGACACUGGCACUCACAUUGAGCUGUCCAUAAUUAGGUUAAAAAUCAAGAGUGCUGUUAAUCCACCUCAGAGUGUGAAAACUGUCAUUCCCAAAGCAUUUGCUUUAAAGUAUAUAAUGGGGCACCCGUUUUGUUUACAUAUGGAUUGAGGAUUUGUCCUUUAACACAUUCUUGUCUGGAUUUUGAACAGUAUUUCUGUACAUUUAAUAAAUGGUCGAGUAUCUUAUUUAA